CUCUCUUACUCUCCAUUCCGCUCUCUCGCCUUCUCGCCUUCCUUCACCACCCAUUCGUCCAUCCCACACUCGUUUUUUUUUUUUGUGCGCCCGAUUCUUCUAGUCUUGGCGAUCACGGCCGAUCCAAGGAUCUUUUUACCAUUUUUAUAAUAAUUUUUUUUUCUCAAAAAAAAUAAAUAACAAGAUAUCCAUCCAUCUUACUCCUGCUGCCUUCCGCCGCUUUCCGCCUUCCGCCUUCCCCCCCGUCAGACAACAAAUAACCACAACAACCACAACAACAACAACAACAGACAUCAUGUUCGACAAUGUCAUGAGCUGGUUCCGCUCCUCCGCCCAGGAGGAGGUCCCGGAGAUGACCUGGGAUGCCACCACUUUGACCAUGGUCCAGCCCCAGAGCCCGGCAGACACCAUGACGACGAACGAGGUCGUCACCGACCAACCGGCACUCGGCGAAGGAAUGGAGUUGCGCCUCCGUGGUGGUGACGGUGAGGAGGAUGCGUAAGUGACGAUCCCUUCGGCAGAUCUGAUCCAUGGAAGGAUCGGCUGUUCCUGACCCCGCAUCCAUCCAUCCAUCCCUCCAUCCCUCCAUCCACUGACAGUCCAUCUUUUAUAUACAGUUGCUGCUUCUGCUGCCACUGCUGCAGCU